UAUAAGCAGAGACACCAACCGUGCUCGGUCUCGGACAGCUUCUGUUCACACUGGUGUUGUCUCCAUUCCUGCAAAGUCUAUCUUCCUACCGGCUGCCAGCCAUGAGAAUCCUUUUCUUCCUCGUCGCUGUUCUCUUCUUCCUCUUCCAGGCUGCUCCAGCUUCCAGCCAGGAAACCUCUGACACCGUCACCUGCCGGCAAAGCCGGGGCUCCUGCUCCUUUGUUCCAUGUGCUGCUCCUUCGGUUGACAUCGGGACCUGCCGUGGUGGGAAGCUCAGAUGCUGCAGAUGGGCACCCAGUUCCUAAAUUUGACACCUCACUGACCACUCAGACAAGAGCUCUGGACAUCUGAGACAUCUCCCAUCUUUUGACAUCGAUGGAUCCUGUCCUCAGUGCAACCCUGGAGAGCCUUUCCCAUGGGGGUGAAGGCCCUCAGGAGCACAAGAAGAUCUGAGGACGAGUUCUUGUAUCCCAAUAAAGAUAUUUGCAGCUUCAACUCCAAUAAAAGCAAGCUCCUGUGAAAACCCA